CUUAAUUUAAACGUAAAUAUAGCAUUAAAGCAGUUUGUUUAUCAACCUAUUUUCAGCAGACGUGUACGAAAUAUUGUGUUUGUAUUUUUAACGUUGUUAACAAACACAACCGUGACGUAUCUUGGAUGUAAAUAAUGUUUCAGGAAGAAGCAGAAUAUAAUGUGGAACUGUAUGAAGAGGAAAGCCAUGAACAAGGCCACACGGGGGAUCCAAACUUAGAUCUUGAAUACGAACGUCAUCGGCAAUCAAUGCCACAACCCGUGCAGAAAUAUUUGCAAUAUUUUCAGAAGGCCCUUAACGACCAAAACACUUACGAGAUUGAGAAUUACUACGAGAAUGGAUGGAAUCAUUUAACUGAGAAAUAUUACUCAAGUGAACCGUGGCCAGAAGCUGAGUCAAUCAUGCAUAUUGUGGGAAACGAUGCCUUGUUCAUGAUCAUGUAUAAGGAGUUAUAUUACCGACAUAUAUAUGCGAGGAUACAGAGUGGGCCAACACAGGAGCAAAGGUUCAAGUCGUAUUACAACUAUUGUGAUUUGUUCAACUAUAUAUUGAAUGCCGACGGUCCAGUUCCCCUUUCUCAAUAUCGAUGCAAACUUAGCAAGACUGAAGAUGAGAUCGAUAUAUUGAGGAGUAAUCCUAAGAUAUGGAACAUACAUAGUGUGUUGAAUGUUCUUCAUUCACUCGUUGAUAAAUCUAAGAUAAACGAACAACUACAAGCGUAUAAUGAUGGUUUAGAUCAAGACUCCAUUGCUAAUGUUGCCGGUAUGUUUGGUGGGUGUUCACUUUACAAGAUGCUCGGAUAUUUCAGUCUUAUUGGUUUAUUGAGACUUCAUAGUUUGUUGGGAGAUUACCAACACGCGUUGUCUGUUUUGGAGAAUAUUAAUAUUACUAAGCGGAGUACUGUGUAUUCCCGUGUGCCUGAGUGUCAGAUCACAACAUAUUAUUAUGUUGGUUUUGCUUACAUGAUGAUGCGAAAAUACCAAGCAGCUAUCGAUACCUUCUCAAGCAUAUUGACAUACAUACAACGUACCAAGAAUACAACGUUACAACGACCAAGCCAAUAUAAAAUGGACAUGGUAUGUUUUAUAACAAAGUAUUUUUGUAAGGGCUAGAAAAUUUAUG